UAUUCGUUACGUACUGACAAAUAUUAUGGAGAAUAUGCUGAUGUUAAUGACAUUGACGAAAUGUGGGAUGUGCCGAAUGAAGUAUCGGUCUUUGUCAAGAUUUUUAACAGAAACGGAUGAUGAUUAUAUCGUUGAUAAUUAUAAAACCAAAGAGGAGAGAAUGAUUUUUACGAAAUAUAACAAAUUUUCCUACAUAUUUGUCAUGACUGCGUUCCCAGCGAUGACCUUCAUAAUUAUUGUAUAUUAUUUUAGAACUGUCGUACCAAGUAUUCUUGCGGUUAUGGCGAAUUCUUCAUUGGAAUAUAAAUUACCUUAUAAAAUAAAGCCAUUAGUCAAGCCGUACGAUGCAAAAAGUUAUGCAUUUGGUUGCAUAUACGAAUUUUUUCGUAUAACAAUGGUUAUUUCCGGUUAUAUUGGAACUGAUUGUUUAUUGGCUUCUACUGGAUUUCAUCUUACUGGACAAUUGGCCAUAUUGAAGUUCAGAGUUAAGGAUGUUUUAAAUGAUACCGAUGGUUCUCGACGAGGAAUUCAUAAAUUGAUUAUUCGACAUCAUCAUUUAAUAAAAUUAGCUGAUAUAUUAGAAGACAGUUUUAACAUCGUUAUUUGUCAACAAUUGUUAGGUACAACGAUUCAAAUUUGUAUAUCGAGCUAUCAAAUGCUAACCAGUUUAGCGGUAUUAGAAGGAGUCGGUAUAAUAACGUUCGUUAUAUACGUUUCCAUUCUGUCGGGCACAUUGUUCACUUAUUGUUACAUCGGUGAAUGUCUCAUCGAAGAAAGCACGAAUUUAUGCGAUGCGCUAUAUCAUUGCGACUGGUACGAGCUGUCGAUGAUCGAUGUGAAAUCCAUUUACAUUUGCAUGAUUCGUGCUAGAAAACCAUUGCGAUUGACUUGUGCGAAAUUUUGCGUUGUGUCCUUGCGCACUUUUGCCGAUAUAAUGAAGACAUCGAUGGCUUACUUGUCAGUAUUACGAACAUUUAUGUAAAUAAAAUUGUGAUAAUAUUAGCCUUGAACAUUUA